GAUCAAUUUUAUUUAGUGCCGUGCCUUGUGAGGAGCUACAUGAUCUUAUGAACCAGGUGAACCACCAUGACAUCAGCGAAAAUAACCAUUGCGCCAAAUCCAAAAGUUUGGCCUCAAUGGCUCGCAGCAUCAAUAAUCCAUAUACUGGCCGUUCUUUCUGGUCUGAUAGGUGGAUGGACUUCUCCGUAUCUUGCAAAAUUGACGAGGGGGACUGAAUCGUUGACCAUCACCAAUGACGAAGCAUCAUGGAUUGCAUCUCUGUCUCAUUCGUCACAACCACUUGGUUCCACAAUUGCAGCAGCACUAAUUUACAAAUUCGGGGCGAAAAACGCUGUGUUGCUCGGUGGAGUUCCUUACGCUCUUGUCUGGUGCUGCUUUCUGAUUGACGAAUCCGUCCCUUGGAUCUACGCAUCAAAGGUAUUCAGUGGUGUUGCAUUUGGAAUGUUUGCUGGGAGUUUUCCACUGUACAUCGGAGAAAUAGCUAAUCCAAACAUCAGAGGUGCCCUGAUUGGCCUUGUCUCUGAAGGAAAAGCCAUUGGGUACUUACUAGGGACUCUCCUUGGGGCAUACCUAAACAUGGAAACCUUCGCAAUCAUAAGUCUCAUACUGACUGCGAUCUUUUUGUUGUCCUUUUCGUUAUUCCCGAACAGUCCACAUCACCUCAUCAAGAGGAACAGAAUAGAAGAAGCUGGGGAAUCCUUGAAGUGGUACAAUCGCCAAGAUGAUGUGACAGGUGAGUUGGAAGAAUUGAGCGGAUACAUGAAGAAAUCGCAGGAAUUGACUCUCAUCGAAUCCUUCAGGAGUCUGUCAAAACCGCUGAAUAGAAAGACCUUCUUCACGAUUGUCUCCAUUCACGUCUUCAUUCACUUCAGUGGCAUCUACACGAUUCCGAUGUACCUCGAAAUACUUCUCACAACUCUCAAAACUGAUGUCAUAGCUCCAUCUCUGGUUGUGGUAUGUGUCGCUGUAGUCGCCAUUCCAUCGGGACUAAUUUCCAUCUACACGAAUGAUCAAUUUGGAAGACGAACAAUGCUAGCUGUGUCUUCUCUGGGGGCUUCUGUUAAUUUUGCUCUGAUAGGUGUUAACUUCCUGCUAGUCAAGCGAGGAUACGACAGCUCAUGUCUCCAAUGGCUGGCGAUUUCCGAGAUUAUGAUGUACGCAUUCUUCGUACACAUCGGACUCGCCCAAAUUCCUAGUUGCCUUUUGGGCGAGAUCUUUUCACCGGAAUUGAAGGAAAUUGGGUCCUGCAUUGUAAAUAUUCUUUGCGCUUUUGCGGCAUUCGUAGCUAGUAGGAGCUAUCAGCUUUUGCUGGAUGUCACGUCCGAGGAAUUCAUGUUCUUCUUCUACGCAGUUCUGAUUCUUAUGAUCUUCUUUUAUACGAUGGCUGUAGUUCCUGAGACUAAAGGCAAGUCCCUUCAGGAGAUUCAGGAGAUACUGAAGGAAAAGAGUGAGUGGAUUCCGAGUGGACCGAGUCAAAAGUCAGAAAGCAGCGAAUGAGUUCCAUUAUUUUAAAUUUCUUAGGCUGUCCAAUUGUAAAAUUA